AUGACCAAUCCCAUUGCAGUUGCAGAACAAGAGUUGAAGGAUCGUGGCAUUGGCAGCGUCCAUCUUGAUGCCAACUAUGCACCUGGUGUAGCCCUCGUGGUGAUCGACAAUCCUCAACGACACAAUGCGUUUUCAGGCAAAAUGAUGGUCGAGUUUCGACAAGUUGUCCUUUGGCUGGAGUCCAAGGCACCUGAAGACUUGGUAGCUGUUAUCGUUACUGGAUCCCGUGGCAAGGCUUUCUGUGCUGGUCUUGACCUUGAAUUUGCUCGUGAGCACAUGCAUACUACACCAACAUUGGCUCUUCAAGUGAAUCAAGUGAUGCAUGAUGCCUUAUCACGAUUUGCAAGGCUGCCUCUUAUCACCGUAGCAUCCAUGGCGGGUCAUGCAUUGGGCGGUGGAACGGAGUUGUUGACAGCAUUCGAUUAUGUGUGCAUGGCAUCCACAGCUAUCAUUCGCUUUGUCCAAACAAGGAUGGGUGUCAGUUCACCUUGGGGUGGUGCUCGUCGAUUGGUGAACAGCGUUGGACGUAAAGCAGCUCUACGUAUACUUGCAAGUGCACCAAAGGUAACAGCUGAGCAAGGCAAGGCUCUCGGCCUGGUGGAUGUCGUGGUUGACAACAACAAGGAAGAUAUCUAUGAGGCGUGUUUGAAGGCAUCAUUAUCAUUUCUACGACCCUUUGUGUUUGACGAUCGUGCCGGACAAGAGGACAGAGUAUCAGCUGGAGCUGUCCGCGGCAUGAAGCAGCUUGUGGUGCGUGCUGACUUGGAUCGGGAUUAUGAGUUUGAAGCAGCCAUCUUAGCUAAGCUUGCAGGAUCUUCCAAAAUAUGA